AUGGAAGAUUAUCGGACGAGGUUCUCGCCGGAAAGGUUUCCACGCCAUUUGUCUCUGCCGCCGGCCUUUUUGCCGGAGAACGGGAAGACGGAGCUUGCGGGCUCGGUGGGCGGUCGUCGGGCCGGGAUUAACUCGGCGACGAUGAAGGGGGAAACGAAGGGAAGGAAAGUUCGGGUCGCCUUCCAUACGAGAAGCCAUGUGGACAUACUCGACGACGGAUAUCGGUGGCGGAAGUAUGGGCAGAAGGUCGUGAAGGACGAAAAGUUCCCAAGGUUACCACACCCAUCUUCCUUCCUUCCUUCCUCUCUCUCUCUAUUCCCCCUCUUGAAUCCGAAAGUCGUGGAAAGGAUGAGACUGUGAGAGGUUUAUGGUGGCGCAAGUAGAUCAGACGACUUCCCGCUGCAUGCGAUUCCUGAGUUUCGCGGACAUCUUUUGAAGGAUAACUGCGUUUAAACCUAUCCAACUUUCUAGUAGGACUUGAUCAUCAUAUGAGAGUACGAAGAGGGAAGAUGCAUUUAUACAAAUAUACACACAAACAUACAUACAUACAUACAUACAUACAUACAUACAGCGAGAGAGAGAGAGAGAGAGAGAGAGAGAGAGAGAGAGAGAGAGAGAGAGAGAGAGAGAGAGAGAGAGAGAGAGGAUUCAACCCAAUCUUGGCAAGGAUCCUCACUUGGUUUCCCCUCUCACACUCUCACUAGAAACUCUUAUAAUGAUGGCUAAUUAGCUUUUGGGAGCACAAGAACUUGUUUGGAUCUCUUUAUGUCAAGCUAGAGUACAUAUCAUAUAAAAGAGUGGGUAUGUUUCUUGAAAAGGGUUGGUUUGAUUUUUCUCUAAUUCCUUUCUUUCUUGGCUGCUAGACUCUAGAAGGCAAGAUAUGGUAUUUCAAACACAAUUUUAUAAUGAUUACAUCACCUGACCUAUUGCACUCUUUUACUACAUAUGUUCUUGCUUAUUGGGGUUCCACUAAAUUCUUAUUGAAAUAUUUAUGAAUUAAAAGAGUCUUCAUUUAUUUUCAUUAGAUUUAACAUUUUGAAUCAAGUCAGGAUACUACUUAAAAAUAUUCUUCUAGAUUUACGGUUAUAGGGGGUCAAAUUAGAGAAAACAUUCUUCUCUAUUUGAUAUUCACAACUCUAAGGGACCAAAUAGAGGUGACUAAUUUAUUUGAUAUUUAGCCCUCUAGAGCCAUCAUGGCUCUAGAGGGCUAACUAUAGGAAACCUACCUCUCUCUUCUAGAUUUAAAACUCUAUGGGGCCAAACAAGAUUAAUGUCUAUUAAUUUCCUCUAGAUUAAUGCUCUAAUUGAGCUUUGGAUACAAAUACAUUCUAAACAAGUGUAAUUUUUUUUAACAUUCUUUUGCACUCAGUUCUAAUCUUCUCAAGGCUUGAAUUUAAUUUCUUGUUUGGAAGCUUAACAACAAGGAUCCCUUUUUGUACCUUUCGAUGUUUCUCCUUCUUCAUCUCUUGUUCUUGAUUUCUUGUUGAUCUUCCAUAUCUUUGGUUGAAGAGAGACUUCUCAUAUAUAUUCCUGGUUUUUUAUUUGAUUUAUUUGAUUUUGAAUGAUUGUUGAACAUCCUAAAUCAAGUGUGCACUCAAUGGUUGUCUUGUUCCCUCCCCUCAUGUGUUAACACAUAAUAUAUUAGGACAUAGAGAAAAUGUGCAUAUAAUAUUAUUUAAAAUAUUUAAUACAUUUAAAAAUACCAUUUUAUGCCUAAUGUUGAAUUAAUGUAAUUCAAGGCUUUUCACAAUAGCAAUGAUCAAACUGGCCAUAAUACUCAAUUUUAGAAUCACAAACUUUAUUGGGAUUAUUCUUCUAGAUGUUAUUAUCAUCAUAAAAUAUGUAAGUCAUGAAUGAACUCAUAAGUUCAAGCCUUGUGUCUUGAUUUCAUGGGUUUUGGCAAAAUCUGAAACUUUGUUAUAGUCAUUGAAUAAUGAAUGAUAAAUAGUACAUACAUUCCAUAUUAGCUUAGGAGUUAGUGAAUGAAUUGAAAAUGUCUGCCAAGUGUAAAUUUUAACUAGGAGUCAAUAUUCCAUCUCUCUCUAGCAGUCAAUAUUCCAACUUUGAACGGUUUUCUUUCUUUCACUAUCUUCCUCUCUCUAUGUCUCUAUUAAUCUUUCUGUGUGCCUAAUUUAAUGUUGUUACAUUAUUAUCUCUUUCUCUCUUUCCUAACUAUGUGUACCCAUUUUAAUGUUGUUGCACUCUAUUCAACCUCUCUCCCUCUCAUGCUUUAUGUCCACCAAUUUAAUUUUGUUGGACUUCUUUCUUUCUCAUCUAUCUUGAGGUUAUUAAUCCAAAUUUGAAAUGCUCAAUUUCACAAUCAUUAUAUUCCUCAUCUCUAUUUCUAACUCUAUUAUCUCCCCAAACUUUCAAUAGUUGAAGAUUUCUUUGUUGCAAUAUUAUCUCUCUCUCUCUCUCUAUUUGUCUUUUAAUUUAUUAAUGUCUUCUUCAAUCUUCUUCACAGAAGCUACUACCGGUGCACUCACAAUGGGUGUGGUGUUAAGAAGCAGGUGCAGAGGUUGUCAAAGGAUGAGGAGGUGGUGGUGACAACCUAUGAGGGGAUGCACUCCCACCCUAUUCAGAUGCCAACUGACAGCUUUGAGCGGAUCUUGAGGAGAAUGGAUCUGCUUGCCAAUUUCCACCCACAUGGUGCACAACAUGGGGCCAUUCUCUCUAUUGAAGGAUAG